AUGGAUAUAUGCUUAGAAGAUGUGCUAAGAAGUGAAGAAUGUAAUAAUCUAGAGAAAAUAUUAAAGAAAUUUUUUUCUUCUAACAUUCCAAUAAGUUUUGAAAUAAUAAAGCUAAAAAAAAAGAAGAAAUAUUUUGAAGCAUUGACACAGUUAAAAAACAAUAAGUAUACAUUAAUUAAUGAAUGUUAUUAUAUUUUAUCUAACAUUAUUUCUUCCAUAUUAAAAGGUUAUUUGAGAAUAGAAAAUGUUAACAAGAAUAAAAGAUAUUUUUUAAUAUAUAUAUGGUUUGUUCCAUUAUGUGAAAAAAAAGAGAAAAAAAAAAAUAGUACGAAUAUUAUGAUAAAUAAUAAUUUGAAUAUUACACAUGAGAAAAAAAAUGUAAAUAAAAAUUUUUUUUUUUACGGUUUAUAUUUUAGUGAAUGGAUUAUAGUAGUACUUAAUAAAAUUUUUCGUUCUUUAAUUUUACAAAAUGAUAAAAUUCCUAUAGAAAAUUGGUCUUUUGUUAUUGAUUUAAUGAAGUUUAUUUUUGUAGAUAAACAUAUUAUAAUUAAGUAUUUGCAUAACGUAAGUAUAUUACAUAAUUUUAAUUGUUUAGGAAAUAUUUCAAGAAAUAAAGAGAGUGAAUCCCAAAAUAAAAACUUUAAUGACAUAAAUUUCAACAAUGCUUUAGAAAAUUAUUAUGAAGACAUUAAUAAAAUAACUAAAGCUUACUUCUCUUUUCCUUUUUUAUUAUUUAAAUGUAUAACAAAAGGAUUAAAUUGUAAUGAUGAAAAAAGAAAUUUAUAUAUUUAUAAUCAUAUCAUUCCGAAACAACUAAAUGAAAAGGGUUUCUAUAAAAGGGUUGUUCAGUUAUGUGCCUUUAGUUGGUUUUCACUAAAAGAUUCUAAUAUAAAUUAUGAAAAAAUAAUUAAUUUAACUAAAAAAAUUAUAAAUUUAAAUUUGUGCAGUUCAUUAUGCACAACAUUAUUGUAUAAAUUUUUACAGUGUAAAGUAAGUUUUAUAGAAAAAAAUGGACUCUGUAAAAAAGAGAAAAAAGAAAUAAAUGAGACCAAUGAAAUAAGUGAAGUUAAUGAAUUAAAUAAGGACAUUAGCAUAAAUAAAAAGAAUAUUAAAUAUUCAAAAUAUGAAACAAAAAUGAAUAUACUAUUUAAUUUAAAUUAUAUAAUAGAAAAUAUAUUCUAUUACUUACAUAUAUAUUGUACUGAAAAUGAUGGCAAAAUAUUUUUGUCUUGUAUAAUGAAAAAAUUGCUUCCAUUUAUUAAUAUUAUUGAAAAUAAUAGUUUGUUAUAUUUGUGUUUAUUUAAUAAAAAUGUCAAUGUUAUUUUAAAUAUUGUUAUUAAUAUUGUUUUUUUGUAUGAAUGGAAUUUAUUUUUUUUGGAGAAUUUUUUUAACCCUUUUUCAAAGAAUUGCUUACCUUUAUGCUAUGCUUUAGCCGUCAUUGACAUAAUUAAUAAUUUAAUUAAUUGUAAGUCAAUUUUCUUUAUAUCUCUGUUUAAAAAUUUUUCCAAAAAAAGAAAAAUAAUUCAUUCUGUUUCUAUUCAAAAUGAAAAGAAAAAUUACUUUGAAGUAAUUAAUGAAUUAGAAAACGAAUUUUUAAAUGAAAAUGAUAACAAUAUAGAUGACUAUAGCAUAGAAUUAAUAUCAGCAAAUUUUUUAAAAGAUAUGUUUUUCUACAUUUUAAAUAUAAUUUCUGAUGAUAGACAAGAAGAGUCAGAAAAGGUUUUUGUUUCUAUUAUUUUAAGUAAAUUAUUAUAUACAUUUGGUAAACAUAUUAAAAAUAUAAAUAAAAAAAUUACAAAAAAUUUAUAUAAUUUUGAAAUAUUGUCAAAAAAGGAACUUUUUAUUUACAACCUAACUAUGUCUAACAUUAACGUAUUUGAAAAUAUUACUAAUAGAGUACAACAUUUAUUUAAAUGUAAUGAUGAAGUGUCUUUAUACUGCGGACAAAUAAUAGGAGAAUAUUUUAGAUAUUAUGUUAAUAAUCAAUCAUUUAAAAAAAAAAAAGACACGAAUGAGAAUAAAGAAAAUGAAUCUGAGAAUAAUGAUGAAUGCAAUAAAUUAAUUUUUCCAAAUUUGCAUCAACCAAUUGAAUAUUUACCAAAGCAAAUUUUGUGUUUUAAAGUAAUUAAACAAAAAAAAUUUAUUUAUUUAGAUGAUUUGAUUUUGAAAAAAAAUGUAAACAAAUUCAAAAUAAAAGAACAUUCUCUUAGAAGAAUAAAAUUAAUGUUAAAUAUUGAUAAUAAAGAAAAAUAUUCAGAUACCAAUAAAACAUACAAAGAAGAACAAUUUUUGGAAGAUAUGAUAUAUAGAUGCAAGAAAAAAAAAAAAGAGACAACCAAAAGUCAUAAAAUCAAACAUGAAUAUAAAGAAGGUGAAGAUGAAUAUGAGGAAAAUGAAGAUGAAUAUAAAGAAGAUGAAGAUAAAUAUGAGGAAAAUGAAGAUGAAUGUAAAGAAGGUGAAGAUGAAGAGGAUUGGUAUGAAGAGGAUGGAGAUGAAGAAGAUGAAGAUGAAGAGGAUGGAGAUGAAGAAGAUGAAGAUGAAGAGGAUUGGGAAAAAGAAGAUGGAGAUGAAGAGGAUGGAAAUGAAGAAGAUGGAAAUGAAGAAGAUGGAAAUGAAGAGGAUGGGAUUGAAGAAGAUAGAAAUGAAGAGGAUGGGAUUGAAGAAGAUAGAAAUGAAGAGGAUGGGGAUAAAGAGGUUUUGGAUGAAGAAGAUAGAAAUGGAGAUGAAAAUAAAAAUGAAAUUGGGUUUGAAGAAAGUAUAUAUUAUAAAAAUAAAUCUGACAAGCGUGAAUUUGAAGAUAAAUUUGAAAAUUAUAAAGAUGAGGAAAAAAUAUAUAAAUAUGAAAAUGACACUAAAGAUGGAAAUAAUAUUAUUUUGAAUAAAUGUGAUAUUUAUAAAAAAAAGAAAAUGUUAAAAAGAAAUUUAAUGAUGCAAAAUGCUAUUAAUAUAAUAGAAAAUGAUUUAUAUGAUCUUCAAGAAAAAAAAUUUUUGCUAAAAUUGGAAAAGGAAAAUGAAUAUUAUUUAAAUAUUGAUAUCAAUAAAAACAUAUAUAUAGAUCCAUCAGAAGACUUAUUUGAAUGUUUAAAUAGAUUAAAAGAAAAAGCAAAUUACAUUGAAAGAUAUGAUGAUGAUAUUAAUAAUGAUGUUUUAAAAUUAAAUGAAAAAAAAGAAAAUUAUGAAGAGGAAACUUUUCGAAUAUGUCAAACUAUAAUUUUCUUACCACGAUUAAUUAAGAAAUGUGAUAUAUUAUCUUAUAUUGGUUCAAACAUAUAUGAAGUUUUGCUAUCAUUAAACAAUUUAUCAAUUAUAAAUAAAGGAAAAGAUUAUUUCUUAACUUAUAAAUUAUUUGAUAUGGUUUUACUAUGCAUUAAUUUACCUCUUGAUAUAAGUAAAUUUGUUUUUAACAAUAUUUACUCGAAUUUUUAUUCCAAUAUUCAAAAAAUGUUUAUGUUGUUAUCACUUCAAUACACAGCAUUAUAUUUAUCAAAUAACAUUAAGCUAAAUGAAAUAUUUAUGAAUAUAAAAAAUCUUAUGAAAUCUGUGAGUUUUUCAAAAUCAAUAAUGAAAAACAAACGUUUUUUAAAUGAAGAACUUGAUUUGAAAGAUUUCUCAGAAAAAUAUUAUAAUGAAUUUGAAAAAUUUUCAAACAAAAAAUAUCUUAAUAAGAAUAUAGAUAAAAUUUUAGUGAAAAAUAAUCAUUACGAAAGUGAAAAUAAAAAUAUAAUUAAUAGCGAAUAUCAUUUAAAUAACAAAAUAAAAUUGAAUGAUAAUAAUAUAAUUUAUAAUAUAGAAGAACAAAAUAACUCAGUUACGUCUCAAGAAAAUUUAUCAGACGAUUUAUUAAAAUCUGAAAGUUCAUUAGAAAAGUAUGAAACAAAUGAAAUUGUGGAAAACAAAUAUAUAUAUAAUAAAAAAAAAAAACAUAGUGAAAAUAUGAAAACUGUUCAUCAUAAAAAAUGUAAUAAAAAAAAAAAGAUAAAUUAUUUUUUAAAAGUAUGCGAUUUCUUUUUUAGUAGUGUUUAUACAAAAUUAUUUUGUCUUAAUAUAAAAAAAGAAGUGACGAACAUAGAUUAUGAUGAAUAUAAAAUAAAAAAGUUUUAUUCGUCUGACUCUUCUUUAAUAUUAUUUUUAAUUUCUUCUUAUACUUUAUUUUUUAACUGUUCAAGUAAUUCAUAUUUACACAUAGAUGAUAUCUUAGUUGAUGGUCUUAAUAUAGGAAGUUUUUUUAUUCAAAAUAAAAAUUUUCUUGUUAGAAGAAUAACUUACAAAUUAUUAUUUCAUUUAAUUAAUUUUAUUUUUAAAAAAAAAAAGUUUUAUAUUUUAGAAAAUGAAAAUUAUAUUAAUAUAAUGAAUUACAUAUCAAGUAAAAUAUAUAUGGAAAAGGAUUUUUUAUCUUUGCAGUAUAUGAGGGAAUUGCUACAUUAUCAUAAGAUUAUAAAAUAA